AAAAAAAUGUCUAAUAAGCAACUGAAUGGGCAGCCUCAAUCCGGGACCGCUCAAGUUGAGUUGCUCGGUAAAUCACUCAAUAUCAAUCAAAGAAUGGGUGUUUUUGUUACUAGUAAUCCAGGAUACGCUGGACGUAGCAAUCUCCCAGAUAACCUUAAGAAAUUAUUCAGAUCUCAAGCUAUGACUCAACCAGAUCGUGAAUCUAUCGCCCAAGUUAUGCUAUUCUCCCAGGGUUUCAGAUCAGCCGAGACAUUAGCAUCGAAGAUAGUACCAUUCUUCGUUCUCUGCGCUGAACAGCUUUCACCGCAGCCACAUUAUGACUUUGGUUUACGCGCACUUAAAGCUGUACUCAUUUCUGCUGGUAAUCUCAAGCGCGAUCGUAUUCUUACAUCUGGUACAUCAUCUAAUCAAGAUGAUAACGACCAGGUUGAACAAGAAAUCCUCAUCCAAAGUGUUACGGAAACUAUCGUUCCUAAGCUCAUCGCUGAGGAUGUUCCGUUGCUAACUAAUUUACUAUCUGACGUUUUCCCUGGUAUUGAAUACGUUCCAGUUGAUUUAACGGCCUUAAAAGAAAAGAUAUCUCAAGUUUGUCAUGAAAGAAAGCUCGUACAAGGUGACCUUUGGUUGACAAAAGUGCUACAAUUAUACCAAAUCCAACGUAUACAACACGGUUUAAUGAUGGUCGGUCCAGCUGGUACGGGUAAAACUCAAGCAUGGCAAACCUUAUUACAAGCUCUAGAAAGAUACGAUGGUAUUGAAAGUGUUUCUUACGUUAUUGAUCCAAAAGCAAUGUCAAAGGAAGCACUCUAUGGUACCCUAGAUCAGACAACACGUGAAUGGAAUGAUGGUUUAUUUACUCACAUACUCCGAAAAAUUGUUGAUAAUGUUCGUGGUGAAAGUUCCAAGAGGCAUUGGAUUAUCUUCGAUGGUGAUGUCGAUCCCGAAUGGGUAGAAAACCUGAAUAGUGUGCUUGAUGAUAACAAGCUUCUCACUUUACCAAAUGGUGAACGUCUCAAUUUACCUUCCAAUGUUAGAAUUAUGUUUGAAGUUGAGCAUCUCAAAUAUGCAACUCCAGCAACAGUCAGUAGAUGUGGAAUGAUUUGGUUUAGUGGAGAAGCUGUAACACAAGAAAUGUACUGCAAGAACUAUUUGGAUACACUUUCUAACGUGCCACUUGAUGGUGAUGAAGAAACAGGAAUUGAUUUGGCCGUACGUCGUGGUGAAGUCAUCUCAUCUAACAAUCAACAAGUCUCACCAUCGCUUGAACUUCAAAGAAAGGUUGUGGAAAUCCUCAAGCCCUCCUUUCAGCCUGGAAUGAUAUUAGAAAAUGCAUUACAACACGCUAUGAGUUACCAACAUAUCAUGGAUUUCACUUUCAUGAGAGCGUUAACAACACUCUUUUCUCUAAUAAAUAAAUCGAUCAGAAAUAUCAUAGAACACAACGUACAGCAUUCAGACUUCCCACUAUCACUCGAACGCAUUGAACAAUAUAUUAACAAACGUUUCCUCGUUGCAAUUGUUUGGGCAUUUACGGGUGAUUCAAAACUAGACAUACGUUUAGAAAUGGGUGACUAUUUAAGGGGUCUUACAACAAUUGAAUUACCAAUGAUUGGUCAAGGAAUGUCACUUAUUGAUUACGACGUUAAUGUAGCCAACUCAGAAUGGUUUAAUUGGACUGAAAAGGUUCCUACAAUAGAGUUAGAAACCCAUGCUGUUACCGCUGCAGAUGUCGUAGUUCCUACUGUUGAUACCAUUAGACAUGAAGAAGUCUUAUACUCAUGGUUAUCUGAGCACAAACCAUUAAUGCUCUGCGGUCCACCAGGAUCUGGUAAAACAAUGACUCUAUUCUCUGCCUUGCGCAAGUUGCCAGAUAUGGAGAUUGUUGGGUUAAACUUUUCUUCUGCAACAACACCAGAGCUUAUUCUCAAAACGUUCGAGCAAUAUUGCGAGCUGCGUAAAACUCCAAAUGGUAAUGUUCUUGCACCAUCGCAAAUUGGUCGCUGGUUGGUACUCUUCUGUGACGAAAUCAAUUUGCCAGCUUUAGACAAAUAUGGUACUCAAAAAGUUAUCUCUUUCCUGCGUCAACUUGUCGAAUCAAACGGUUAUUGGCGCACUUCUGAUAUGACCUGGGUACAGCUUGAACGUAUUCAAUUUGUGGGUGCUUGUAAUCCACCUACAGAUCCUGGUCGUGUGCCACUCACUCAACGAUUCCUUCGACAUGCUCCUCUCGUCAUGGUUGAUUAUCCUGGUGAAAUAUCAUUAAACCAAAUUUAUGGUACAUUUAAUCGUGCUUUACUCAAAACAGUCCCCUCGUUACGUGGUUAUGCUGAAGCUCUAACUGGAGCAAUGGUUUCUCUAUACUUAGAAUCUCAGCGAAGAUUCACAGCUGACAUCCAAGCACACUAUAUUUACUCUCCACGUGAAUUAACUAGAUGGGCUAGAGGUAUUUUUGAUGCUAUCAAACCACUCGAUACCCUCACUGUUGAAGGACUAGUAAGAAUAUGGGCGCAUGAAGCUCUUCGUCUUUUCCAAGAUAGACUCGUACUUGCAGAUGAACGUAAGUGGACAGAUGACCGUAUAGACGCCAUUGCUUUGAAAUAUUUCCAUAAUAUCGACAGCAAACAUGCCCUGGCUCGCCCAAUACUUUUUUCAAAUUGGUUAUCAAAGAAUUAUGUCUCGGUAGAUCGUGAUGAAUUGAGGGAAUUUGUCAAAUCCCGUUUACGUAUUUUUGAAGAAGAGGAAUUAGACGUUCAACUGGUCUUAUUCGAUGAUGUACUUGACAAUGUCCUUCGUAUUGAUAGAGUUUUCAGACAAGUUCAAGGUCACGCACUCUUGAUUGGCGUUAGUGGUAGCGGUAAAACUACACUUUCUCGCUUUGUUGCAUGGAUGAAUGGUCUAAGUAUCUUCCAAAUAAAGGUUUCAAAUAAAUACACUGGUGAUGAUUUUGAUGAGGACCUCAGAACAGUUCUUAGAAGAGCUGGUACUAAAGGAGAAAAGAUUUGCUUUAUUAUGGACGAAUCGAAUGUUCUUGAUUCAGGUUUCUUAGAACGUAUGAAUACACUUCUUGCCAAUGCAGAAGUUCCUGGUUUAUUCGAAGGAGACGAACAUUCAGCACUUAUGACUGCCUGCAAAGAAGGAGCUGCUAAGGAUGGAAUGAUGUUAGAUUCACAUGAAGAGCUCUAUAGAUGGUUUACAAGCCAAGUCUCGCGUAAUCUCCAUGUCCUUUUUACAAUGAAUCCCCCAGAGAACGGCUUAGCUUCUAGAGCUGCUACUUCCCCCGCACUUUUCAAUCGUUGCGUUGUUACUUGGAUGGGCGACUGGGCACCAACAUCACUUUCAACAGUGGCAUCUGAGCUUACUGACCCUCUGGAUGUUGACAUGCGAGAUUACAUUCCUCCAACACCAUUCCCUUCUGCACAUCCUACACUCCAAGCCCCAAUUACAUAUAGAGGCGCAGUUGUCAAUGCGUUUGUAUACAUUCACUUAUCGCUACAUGAGAUAAGUAAACGUUUAAGUAAAAGACAAGGUCGCUAUAAUUAUAUUACACCACGCCAUUACUUGGAUUUCAUUGAUCAAUACGUUAAACUCUUUAAUGAGAAGCGAAAUGAGCUUGAAGAGCAGCAGCGUCAUUUGAAUGUGGGAUUGGAUAAGCUUAGGGAUACAGUUAUACAAGUAGAUGAACUGCAGAAGAGCUUAGCAGUCAAAGAUACACAACUCAAAGCUAAGGUAGCAGAAGGUGAUGACAAAUUAGCUAAAAUGUUGGAAGAACAAAAACAAGCUGAAAGUAAUAAAGCAACUUCUAUUGAAAUUCAGGCCAAGCUUCAAGAACAAAACGAACAUAUAGCUCAAAGGAAGGAAGUUGUUAUGACAGAUCUUGCAGAUGCUGAGCCAGCGGUCAAAAGUGCCCAAGAGUCUGUCAGUAAUAUCAAAAAGCAACACCUUACUGAAGUUAGAUCUAUGGGUAACCCUCCAGAAGCUGUAAAGUUGGCAAUGGAAUCCGUUUGUACAGUUCUUGGUCACAAACUGGAUGGUUGGAAAACAGUACAGGGUAUUAUUAGAAGAGACGAUUUUAUUAGUUCGAUCGUAAACUUUGAUACGACAAAGCAAAUGUCAAAAAACCUGAGUGAUCGUAUCAAGAAUGACUUCAUGUCAAGACCAAAGUAUAAUUUCGAGGACAUUAAUCGCGCUUCCAAAGCAUGUGGCCCACUGGUAAGAUGGGUAAUAGCUCAAGUGCACUUUGCGGAGAUUCUCGACAGGGUUGGUCCAUUGAGGAAUGAAGUCAAGUAUUUAGAGGAUAAGAGUUUACACACACAGAAGCAGGCAAGUGCUAUCAUAGACAUGAUCAAAGAACUUGAAGAAAGUAUUGAAAAAUACAAAGGCGAAUAUGCUGGAUUAAUUUCAGAGCAACAAGCUAUCAAGAGUGAAAUUGAACGAGUACAAAAGAAAGUUGAAAGAAGCAAGACGCUUUUGAAUUCACUUUCUUCUGAACAAGAGCGUUGGGAGACUAGUUCGAAAACAUUCGAGUCCCAGAUGAGUACGAUAGUUGGUGAUGUGCUUUUAUCAGCUGCUUUCCUUGCGUAUGCUGGUUUCUUCGAUCAACAAUAUAGAGAAGGUAUGUGGAAUGGAUGGUCAACAUAUCUCAGUGAUGCCGGAAUCAAAUACAAGCAAGAGCUCUCAUUUGCUGACUACCUUUCAACCGCAGAUGAUAGAUUGAGUUGGCAAUCUAAGUCUCUGCCUGCGGAUACUUUAUGUACAGAAAAUGCAAUAAUGAUGAAGCGCUUCAAUAGAUUUCCACUCAUCAUUGAUCCAUCCGGUCAAGCAUCUAACUUCCUUAUAAAUGAGUAUAAAGGCUCCAAUAGGAAGUUGAAUGUCACCAGUUUCUCUGAUAAUUCGUUCUUGAAACAACUUGAAUCAGCGAUGAGAUUCGGAAAUCCUAUUUUAGUUCAAGAUGUGGAAUUCUUGGAUCCUAUAAUAAAUCCAAUCUUAAAUAAGGAAAUAAGAAGAACAGGAGGUCGUAUACUUAUCCGUAUCGGUAAUCAAGAUAUUGACUACUCACCUACAUUUAACAUGUUCUUAAUGACUCGUGAUCCAAGCGUUGAGUUCAGUCCAGAUAUUUGCAGUAGAGUGACGUUUGUUAAUUUCACAAUGACUCGUAGCUCACUACAAUCACAAUCACUAGAUCAAGUGUUGAAAUCGGAGAGACCUGAUGUAGAUGCUAAACGUACUAAUCUUCUAAAAUUACAAGGUGAAUUCCGUUUGAGAUUGCAUUUCCUUGAAAAGGCUCUCUUACAAGCAUUGAAUCAAUCCACUGGUAACAUUCUCGAUGAUGAUAAGGUUAUUGAGACACUCGAAACCCUAAAAAAAGAGGCUGCCGAUGUUACUUUACAAGUUAAAGAUACUGAUACAACGAUGGCAGAAGUAGAUCAAGUAACAUCUGAUUAUCAACCGUUAGCGUCUGCAUGCUCAUCCGUGUUUUUUGUUAUGGAUCAAUUGAAUCUCAUCAAUCACUUCUAUCAAUUCUCGUUGAAGUUCUUUUUAGACAUUUUCGAUUACAUUAUUCGUCAAAAUCCAAAUUUAAAUGAAGUAACGGACUACAAAGAUCGUUUAAAUAUACUCACCAACGAUCUUUUCUUGGUUACAUUCCAAAGAACAUCUAGAUCGCUUUUACACGUUGACCAUGUUAUGCUGGCUGUCUUACUCGCUCAAGUUAAGCUUAGAACACUAGCUGGAGCAUAUGAUGAAGAUGAAUUUGAUUUCUUUAUUGGGGGUGGUGAUUCAUUAAUCGGUAAAACGAAACCCGAGAAUGAUUUACAAGAGUUGUUAAAUGAUGAGCAAGCUUCAAAAAUCAACCUUCUGAGUGUACGUGUUCCAUCAUUCUCUGAAAUCAAGAAUGUUAUUCGCACUGAUUCAGAUAAAUGGAGGUCGUUUUUGCUUGCCAAUCAACCUGAAUUAGAUGUUCCCUUAGGACACAAUGAUGGACUACCAGCAUCAAUACGAGAGAUAAGGGAAUUGCUGAUUAUCAAGUGUCUUCGUCCAGAUAGAUUAGUUCAAGCAACAUCACACUUUGUGAAUGCCGUUUUCAAUACAGAUUUGACGGAUUUGACAACGUAUAACUUCCAAAAUCUUGUGCAAAAAGAAGUCGGACCUCAGACACCGGUAGCAUUAUGUUCCGUUCCAGGAUAUGAUGCCUCAUAUAGGGUAGAUAACCUUGUUAGUGGAUUAGGUAUCAGGUGUAAUUCUGUAGCUAUGGGAUCACCAGAAGGAUUUCGACAAGCUGAGCAAGCUAUCACACAAUCAGCUAGAUCAGGCCAAUGGGUUUUACUCAAAAACGUUCAUCUAGCUCCUGGAUGGUUAACUCAAGUAGAAAAGAAGCUUCAAACAUUAAAUCCUACUCCAAAUUUCAGAUUAUUCUUGACUAUGGAAACAAAUCCGCUCGUACCAAUUAAUAUACUACGUCAAUCUAGAAUAAUAAUGAAUGAACCACCACCAGGUAUAAAAGCUAAUAUACUUGAAACUCUGAGGAAUAUUUCACCACAAAGUUUGCAAAAUGGACCUGUAGAGAAGAUGAGAUUAUACUUCUUACUUUCAUGGUUCCACGCAGUCAUCCAAGAGCGUCUGAGAUUUUGUCCACUAGGAUGGAGUAAACUUUACGAGUUUAAUGAUUCAGAUCAAGCUAGUGCACUUAAGAUGAUCGACACCUGGACAAAUAGGGUCGCAAAGGGUAGAUCAAAUGUUGAUCCAAGCACUUUUCCAUGGGAAGCAAUUAGGACUUUAUUGAAAGAGUCCAUUUAUGGUGGUAAAGUUGACAGAGAUUUCGAUCAAAAAUUGCUGAACACAUUUGUUGAUAAGCUUUUUACGCCUGAUGCGUAUGAGAUUAAUUUCCAACUCGUAUCCGAAGUUGAUGAUCAACCUGGUUUAAACAUACCAGAAGGAACAAAAUUGGAGCAAUUUAUUGCUUGGGCUGAGAAAUUACCUGAAAGGGAACCAACUACUUGGCUUAAUCUUCCAAUAACAGCAGAAAAGGUGAUAGCUGUUGCGCAUGGUUCUGAUCUACUUGGAAAAUUGCGUAAAAUGAAGAGUUUAUCCGAUGAUGAUGAGACUGUUUCCGUUAACACAAGUGAAGAAAGCAAUCAACAACCAGCUUGGAUGCGCACAUUGAUGUCUAAUUGUCAAGAAUGGUUGGAACUUUUACCGAAGGAUAUUGGUCAAUUUGAUACAGACGCAUCACGAGCGCAGGAUCCAAUUUUCAGAUUCUUUAAGAGAGAAUCAGAAAUCGGUAGAAGAUUAUAUAACACUAUCAGAUGUGAUCUUGACGAUUUGAUUAGUGUAUGUAAGGGUGAAAUGAAGCAGACGAAUCAUUUGCGUAAGCUUAUGAAUGAUUUGACUAAAGGAACUGUACCAUCGCAUUGGAAAAUCUACAGAGUACCAAAUAGUUGGACAAUUACACAAUGGGUACCAGAUUUCUCAUUACGUUUACAACAAAUCCAAAGAUUGGUUGGAGAGCAAAACACAUUAUCUCAAUCAACCAUUUGGUUUGGUGGUCUCUUCUUCCCCGGCUCAUACCUCACCGCUACGCGACAAGAAAGUGCCCAUAGAACACGCAUAUCAUUGGAAGAAUUGCAAUUAGAAUUAUAUAUUGAUAACUCUGAAGAAACUGGUUUUGCAAUUGAUGGACUCUAUCUUGAAGGAGCUGAUUAUGAAGGAGGAAAGAUUAAUGCGACAAAUCUGGAUCCAAUCAAGUUAAACACUUGCAAAUUGAAGUGGACUGAAAGGCGUAACCAUGAGAUAAGCAAUGCAGUUAGUUUACCAGUAUACCUUAAUCUUAAGGAUAGAGAAGUUGUACUUUUUAGUGCAAAUCUGAGCGCCGUAGAUGGGCUUUCUGAAGCGGAAGUAACACAACGUUCAAUUUGUUUAUCUGCUAGUAUUUAAUAAUGUAUUUCA